AGGAGGGGGCGCGACGAGGCGCUCUGGCGACUUCUGGCCACUAGCUGAGUGGCCUCUUUUGUUUGCCUAUUUCCUCAGCAGUUUCUGAGCCUGAAGCUGACCCUGAUCUGAGUCCACGGACCUCGUCCAAAGUCUGAGGCACACCUUUAACCCUUAGCUAAGCUCCUAUGCCACUUCAUACCUUCAUUCACAGAAAGGGAAGAUGGAAGAGCUGAGUCAAGCCCUGGCCAGUAGCUUUUCUGUGUCUCAAGAUCUGAACAGCACAGCUGCCCCACACCCCCGCCUGUCCCAGUACAAGUCCAAGUACAGUUCCUUGGAGCAGAGUGAGCGGCGCCGCCGACUAUUGGAACUGCAGAAAUCCAAGCGGCUGGAUUACGUGAACCAUGCCAGACGACUGGCUGAAGAUGACUGGACAGGGAUGGAGAGUGAGGAAGAAGAUGAUAAAAAAGAUGAUGAAGAGAUGGAUGUUGACACUGGCAAGAAGUUACCAAAACGCUAUGCUAAUCAAUUGAUGCUGUCUGAGUGGUUGAUUGACGUCCCUUCAGAUCUGGGGCAGGAAUGGAUUGUGGUCGUGUGCCCUGUUGGAAAAAGAGCCCUGAUCGUGGCCUCCAGGGGCUUUACCAGUGCCUACACCAAGAGUGGUUACCGUGUCAACAGGUUUUCUUCCCUGCUGCCGGGAGGCAACAGGCAAAACUCAGCGACAGCAAAAGACUACACCAUUCUGGACUGCAUUUACAGCGAGGUGAACCAGACCUACUAUGUUCUGGAUGUGAUGUGUUGGCGGGGACACCCUUUUUAUGACUGCCAGACUGAUUUCCGGUUCUACUGGAUGCAUUCAAAGUUACCAGAAGAAGAAGGACUGGGAGAGAAAACCAAGCUCAAUCCCUUUAAAUUUGUAGGACUAAAGAAUUUCCCUUGUACCCCUGAGAGCCUGUGUCAGGUGCUGUCAAUGGAUUUCCCUUUUGAGGUAGAUGGACUUCUCUUCUACCACAAGCAGACCCACUACAGCCCUGGAAGCACUCCUCUUGUGGGCUGGCUGCGCCCCUACAUGGUGUCAGAUGUUCUUGGAGUAGCCGUGCCAGCUGGCCCACUGACCACCAAACCAGAAUAUGCUGGGGAGCAGCUCCAGCAGAUUAUUGAGCACAAGAGGAGCCAGGAAGGCAUGAAGGAGAAAGUCACACACAAGGCAUCUGAGAGUGGACACUAUGAGUUGGAACACCUGUCUACCCCCAAGCUGAAGAGCCCUCCCCAUGGCCUUGACCCUCCAGGGAGCCUCAUGGAAAACUAAACAGGGUGGCUCCUUAGGGAGUCACAGGAUGGGGCUUGGUCCCAGAAGGAAGGCUGGGGAGGAGGACAAUGACAACAAACAGGUGACUUCAUUUUAGAGUGUACUUUCCAAAGCCACUCCAGCUGGAAACAGCUUAUCUCCUAUCUGAAAUGCUGGCUCAGACAGUUGAGGGCGGUUUCCAGAUUGGAUGGAUUUGGGAUUUGAGAAGUAACUCCUGUGAAAAGUGUAUCCCAGAUAUCUACAAUGUAAAUAUAUGUAAUUCUUAAGAAA